AUGCAUCUUGUCCUGUUCUACUUGCAAAAAUACUACAAAAAACUUCGUAGCAGAAGUCUUUCAAAUGGUGCAUCACCAAGAUUUAAUAGCAAAUCGCUGAGUGGAAGCUUGGUUUUUAAUGGGGGUGUGAGCCCAGUUAGUCCAGCUUGUGGAAUACCUGAUCAGUUCGAAUGGAAGUGGUACAAUCUGGAAUCACCCAGGCUGUCUGCUAGCCUCGGUACAAAUGAAUUUUCUUCAUUGCCUCUUGUCCUGCAAGCUACAAAGUCUGCAGAUUCACAGCUUUUAAAGGAACUCAUAGAGAAAGGUAACGCUAAUUGCUAAUUGAAUGCUAAACAAGAAAUUAUUUCGCCAUUGUUUACCUUCUAUGCAGAGUAAUGAAAACUUCAUGUUUACGUAGUACUUAACGAGUACGCUUUUAUUACAAAUGUUCGAAGUAUCAAAUAAAAUGAUCUUGAAAUAAAAACAGAAGUCAAGUGCAUUAGUAUCGUACAGUUCUUAGUCCUCGCCUUGUAAUUCAGCUAAUUUGCGUUUCAAUGAUCGGAGAUAUUGAUAAACUGGUCAUAUUUUCAUGAAUGACAGGUUGUCGUGACUACCCAUUUUCAUUACAGUGUCAAAACAGCCCCAGGAUUGCAAUUUGGUUAUGCCUAACUUUCCUCCAAUUCUGUGACCGACAUGGCAAACUUGUGCCUCUUGGACCAAUUAGAUACAAAACUGUUUUUCCACACCCUAAGCUGUUUGCUUACUCCCACUGUAAGAUCUCUUAGGCUUCUAGUGACGUUUCUCCUCAUUUUGAAUGACGGUUGAGUUGAUUAUAGUCAUGGCGCUCUAGACUCAUCCUAAGCUAAAUUUUUUUAUAACAAUUUCAUGAGCAACAAUUACGUCACUUCUUGCUUCACCCUAUUGUCAUAUGGGCCCUAGUCAGAUAUCUCCAGCCAAAGUCAGAUCAUUCCAUCAAAAAAGUUAGGUCACUGUUGAAGGAAAGUUUCUUUUUUCCAAACAGAAGUGAUCAUACCUGAUACACAAAACUACAACCAGCUGACUGUAUGUCACUGACCAUAUGUUACUUAAAAUAUGUUACAUUUAAGAUUCCGAAGUUGUCAAUCAAGUGGAUGGCUUAGGACGUAAUGCUGCAAUGUACUGUGUUCAUGGCAACACACCUGCCCAUACAGAGUGCCUGGAAGUACUGAUAAGAGCUGACUGUGAUCUGGAUCUCAAAGCAAAUGGUAUCAGAUAUAAACUGUAUAUAUUACAAAAACUACAGUAACUAUAAAUGUAACUUUUACACGAUUUAAAGUAAUUCUUAAAUUGACCUACAGUAGGUACACACCAGUGCUUGAUGUCUUCUUGCCCUCUUUUAACUUGUUUGCAUAUGAAAAGCAUAUUUUCAUGUACAAGUAUACUAUCUAGUAACUCUUGGGAGAGGAUUUUUUUGGGAUCAGUGAAACAUAAAUGAGAUUCCAAGGACCUUGAUGUUUGCCUUAGGAAUAUGUUGGGGUACCACCACUUGUUUUGGGUAUUUUUUUUUGUUAUUGGGAAAUGGGUAGGGUAUAAUUUAACUUGAUAUGUACUUUGUAUUUCCUAUCGUUCAAUUUUGGAGUACAUUUUAUUAAAAGAAGUGAUGUUUAUUAUUUCUAUUAUUAUUUUUUUUGUUGCACAGAUAACACAACAGCACUUCAUGUGGCUGCAUACAUCAAUAACACAGCUGCCCUGCCUCUUUUGCUUCGUAAUAAGGUGACUAUAAUGUUCUUCUCACAGGUCUGCUGGAACCUCUUACCAUUUCUAUUUGAUUUUUGAUUCACCCAAAUCCAGCACUAUGGGAAUGAUGGUGUUCUCCUCUUUGUAUAGGCUUCUCAUAAUGUUGAAGACAAUCAAGGCAGGACACCACUUCACUGGGCAGCAGCAAAUCCAUCAGAGGAUAAUUUAAAGGUAACAUAACAAACACAUUUAUAUCUCAAAAAUGGAAAUGUCUCCCUCUCUCAGCACACCCAAGGUACUUGGUCUGGCUGUGGCUGAAAAAAAGUAUUUAUGAAUGAUAAUGCAGGCUUCAGGAAGUCAAAAACAGUGUGUAUUUUCGACAGGCAGAUAUCCCUGUCCUAGGCCAGGUUGACAGGCCAAAAAAUGACACAUUAAGACCUGAAAAGGGUCCACUUGAGCACAGGGUCACUUUUUUUUUAAAGUUGAAAAUAAAGGUAAGGGCUUAAUAAGACUGGAGUUAUGACUUGCUGUCUCCCUACACAGGUUUAGCAGCUACAAGUGAUAUCUAUCAUUUGAAAGGUUUAAAAUGACCCUUUUUAUAGUUGGCUGCUGGUGGCAUAAUAGGUGAUUUCAGUUGUGAGGAGUUCAUUCAAACAUCAUUUGAAAUAAAUUCAGAAGAAAGAAAAAAGUGAAGAUGGCUGUUGGCUUUAAUUUAAAAAGUUGAUUUUCUGAUCUUUGAUUAGCUAGGGAGUAGGAUGUAACUAUAAAGAGCUUAUGUUUGAGAAUGAUCCAUUUUUAUUUCUUUACAGUUAUUACUUCAGGUUGGAGGGAAGUUGGAUGCUGCAGACAGUGAAGGUUUAACCCCAGCCAUGUGGGCAUGUUACUUUGACCAGCUUCGCAAUCUACAGAUGUUACAAAAUGCACUGGCAAGAACUGAUCCUGAAGAAGAUGCAAUCUUCAGAGAUACAGACUGUUAUGGUCAGUCUGUGAUUCACUGGGCUGUCAAAGGCGUGGGAUCUUUGGAGUGUCUAAAGGUAAAUGAAAGUAUCUGUGUUCAUUGUUUGACUUGUUGUUUUAAAAUGCAGUUAUCUAAUUAUGCAGAUGGCUUUACCACUAUAAAAGACUGCUGUAUAUUUUGAGCUAGGCAGCAUUUCAGAACAUUGAACUAUUAAGUUGUUGACAAAACUUUGACCUAUAAUCUCUCAAGAAUGAUUGCUGUCGACAUCAAUCUAUAGUCUGAGAUAAUCAUUUCAUAUGUUAGCUGUCACAAAUGACUGUCAGUUAAUUGUAAUAGAUAACCAAAGCCCUCAUUGAUUGCCACUUUAAUAAUUGCCUACAUUAGUUAUUGUUCUUCAAUUUAUUGAUCCAUAAUUUUUUUUAUAAAAUAUCUAGGCUCUAUUAACCCCUCAGUCUGCAGUUCUAAGGGACAAUGAAGGCAAAACAGUAUUACACACAGCAGCAGAAAAAGGCAAGGAUUACACCUGUUUGAGUCCAUGUAUGAAAUGAAAUAAUAUUACACGAGGCUUGUGUCAUGUACUCUCACAGUGUUCUCCCUUAUUUUAAGCAUGACAGGUUAAAUAAAUUUUCAAACUGGUAAAGCAAUCCUUUUACCUGUUGAAUUUCAAGAAUUCCUAGCAAUUUUAAAUGGUAAUAAGAGGUACCACAGGUGGUAAAUGUUACUGGUUACUGCCUGAAAAGGACUCUCAACUCUCAUAAGUUGAAUUUCAUCAUUCUAAUUAACCUGCCUUUUUAAUUUGUGUCAUUUUGAUAAUUCUUCAGCAGACUAUAUCCAUAAGUUAUAAUUUCUUUACUUUAUAUGAAGAUCUAGUAAUUCUCAUGAUAAUAUUUAAAAAAAUACUGAAUAGGUAACCUGAACGAAAAGCCCUAUGGUUUCUUUUCAGUCUGCUUGGUCACAUAAUUGCUUAAAAAUAAAUGGAAAUGAUAUAGAUAUUUAUGAAUGGGUCAUUUUACAGUUGUGUACUCAGUUGUCAAGCCUUUGAUUUGGAGUGAGGCUAAAGGUGGUCUUGCUGUGAUAGGGACCAGUACCUAGUUAGCAUAACAACAAGGUAAUUUACCUUUGAAAGUAGCAAGGUUUGUAUAAUAACAAGGUCAUCCUUAGCUUCACUCUUGUUAAAAGGCCUGGCAACCUGAAGUACACAACUGUAAAAUGGACUAUUGGAUUUUAAUAUGGAAAAUGUUGAACUAUUUGGUAUAGUAAAUGGUGCAAGUUUUAGCAUUUAAGGCAGCUACAAAGCUACCUAAUCCUUCACUAUUUUCAAAAUGUUGACUUGCAUGAUGAUGCUAUGUUUAAUAAUUAAAUAUAAAUUAUUUGACACUCCUUGGCAGGGAUUGCAGCCGCUUGUGAGAUGAUUCUUAAAGUGAGAGGAAACUUGGAAGGACUAAAGGAUACAGAUAACUCAAAAAGAACUGCAGCUCAUCUUGCUGCUAUCUGUGGACAAGCAGAAGUUGUGAACUUUCUCCUUGAAAGAGGAGGUAAGGAAAUCUGUAGGACUGUCAAUUAUCAUCAACAUUGUCAUCACCCAUCAUGGCAGUAACCAAAUAAGGUCAUAUAUCCUCUCCCAAGGCUUCUCUUGCUACUUUUGCAGUGCCCCCAUUUCACUAUUUAGUGCUUCUCGUCCCUCCCCUCCCUCUUUGCUUCCAAAGGUCAUUGUUAGCCUUUCUAGUGUACUUUUGAUUGUGAUGGCCAUGUUUUGAUAGUGGCAGUAUCAUUAGCAGUGUCACUGAAGUUAUUAUAAGUUCGUAUUAAAGCUGAUAAAAGGAAAGGGAAAUGCUGGAAUGGCAGACAAGAACAAAGAAUUGUGUCAGCUCAAGACUGACAACACUUCAAAUUUCAUUUUGCAGGAGACCUCCUGGUAAGAGAUUGUUUUGGUGCAACUGCAGUUGAUUACAUCCACAACAAACAGCUCAAUUAUUGUAGAAUGGUGAUCAGAGCUCAUUCUCAACACAAUGACAAGCACACAGGAAAGGCUGCCUUUGUAUCAACACCAUCUAGUCUUGACAGGUAACUUACUUAAUUAAAAAGGAUUCAUUGACUGAAUGAGUCAAACUAAAAGUGAAACAAACUGAAGUGAAUUUUGAUGCUAUAUUUACUUCACCUUGUGUUUCAAUGGGAGUAUGUCUCCUAUAGUAUCCCUGGUAACUAACUCUAGAAAAUAUUACAAAUGAAAUGGAUUAUUUAUUUAGUAAGAUUAAACAUAUAUAAACUAUAGGUAUGUGAUAUAAGAAGAUGCUUUUUCAUUGAAACCAGGAAAUCUACAGUUGUUCUUGGACGCAAAUUUGUCAUAUGCGCUAUCAAUAUUAAAAUAAUGAAAUUAUUCAGUAGAAAGUUAGUAAGAGAAAUUAAUCAUCAAAUGAACAAGGUGUUAACCAGAUUUCAUGAAAUAAGAACUUAUUCCUUUUAUAGUCAAAAUGUGGAUCCUGUAAACUCAUGGCAGCCUCCGUCUACAGAUGAAGCAGCUGCAACAGCAGAAGAACCUCACAAGGCAUCUGUUGGUGCGGAGAACUGUGAUGUGUCUGACCUUCAUGGUUUUGAUGUACAGGGGGAGUCAGGGCACCUUGGGGAUUCAGCAAUGAAUGAGGCAAGUCAUGAAGAAAAAGAAAAAUUUUCAGAUCAUGAUGCCAAGGCCUUAGACAAAGCAGACAACAGGGUAGAGCAGAGUAGGCCAUCAAACCCAAAACGGCGUCAGAGUACACUUACAAGGCAAAGCAAAUUUCAUCAUGAUGGUGAUUCAAGACACUUAAUGGAUGAAGCUGCAAGUUUUGACCUGAGGACUGGGGAUGGAGAUAUUUUAGUUGUAGUCAGUAACCUUGACACUGAAGAUCAGCAAGAGGAAAUUAUUGACAUGGAAGAUGGAGAUAUAGAGAUUGACUGUGAGGAAAAGUUGGAAUAUUCCAGUGCACGCUUGCAGCAAGGACGUGGCAGUGCGUCAAGUGUACACAGUGAACCUGAUAAUGCUGAUAAUUGCAGUGUUAGUGUUGGACUUAGUGUGUCAAGUCUUGGCAGUGAUAAUGAGGACAUAGUUCAUGGUGAUGACUUAACAGACUACCCAGAUGGAGACAAGGAGAAAAAAAAAUGGCAGGAAGAUACUUGUGAUUCUCAACCUCAGGUAAAUUGGUACACAUUGUUAAUGAUUUGAUUGUAUUUAUGUCCUGUAGUUCAUUGCUAUUUUCCUUAUCAUAAUGGGUGGUGGCUUGACAACCACUGACUGUAAGUCAAAUAAAAGGAGUUUUAAUGACAUAGUGUAUUUGAUGUUAAGAUUGUUUGGCAGUUCUUUGCAGAAUCUCACAAGAAUACAGAAAAAACUGUUACACCUCCAAAGUAUCCAUCAAAACUGGUGCAGCUAAAUUAUGUUCAAGCAGAAAACACCCGUAUCAUUACCACUCACAACAAUACUGAAGGUGAUCAAGAAAAUCGUGCUGUAUGUUUGAAGAAAAAAAAGGACAAAGCUAAAAAGAAGAAACAGAAAGGACAAUUAGAGCUGUCAUCACCCCUCCCUCCUCCUAGAGCCAAUGUUCCACCCCUUAAUCCUGUUAGUUUGGGACCCCUUGGUGUCACCAAAUUAGGUGCUUUAGAUCUUCAUGGGAAAAGGCCAGUUCCUUGGGAGCAUGUAAACUUAGGGCCUUGGAGGCAUGCUCCUCCUGAGGUAUCACCAACCAGCCCCCGGAUGGGAAGAUGUCCAGAGGGCCAAGCUCUUGAAAGUGCUUUUGAAAGACCAAGAACACCUGAGCCACCUCAAAGUCCACGUGACAUGACACCACAUCAUGUACCUCAACCAUAUCCUCCUGGGUCUAUGCGAGGAAAUCAAGAUGCUCCCUUGAGAGGGUCCUUGGAGGGAGUGUUACAUGAGAGGGAAAUGAACUACGGCCCUCCUGGUCCAUUGUUUGGACCUCUGGCACGUACCAAUGGUCAAGCACCUCUCAGAAACAUGGUGAGUAAAAGCAAUAGACUUCUGUCUUUGAAGCCUCUGAGGUCAAUAACAAUAAUCUUGGUCACAAGCACUUUUAAGAACAUUUGCUAAGAAGUCUGCAAUGAGAGGGAUGUAUAGUUAUCAUUGAAUGACCACUGAUAAAGCUAAACAGAACUAGUGUAUUGUGAAAAGUUUUGUAUUGAUAGGUUUGUAUCUACUGAGUAAAUUUUCUCCAGGUAAGCUUGCUUUUGUCUUGUUUCAUUGACCACAUUUCCUUGGAAUAAUUUUAGGACAUAAUGGGCAGAGGUCCAAAGAUGGAAUCUGGUGCAGACUUGAACAUGGGUGGAGUCAUACACCAUGGACCCCCUGGACAGCAGACUUAUUCUCUGCAUGGGCCCAUUCCACAUCCUCCACAGCAUUAAUUAGAAGCCUGAGUACCAGGACAUAAACUUUUACAACCUAACAUCAGCAUAUUCACCUAUUCUCAAAGCAUUUCUUAUGAUAGUGGCAAGGCAAAUUUUUUAACUUUUUAGUUUUCUUUCUUUUCCUUUAUUCUCAUGGCCAUGAUGUGUGAUUGAACAGUCCUAAUGUAAAGAGACUUUAGAUACUUGUUAUUCUUAUAAGUGAAAAGGUUAAAGAAGAGAACUAUAGUGCAUAAACUAUUGUUUGUAAGCUAUGGUGCAGUUUAAGCUAAUUUUCUGUAGAUUUGGCUUCAAAAUGGUUUCUUGUUUCAGUGAGAAUGAGAUUUUAAAUGGUCAAUGUGGUGUUACCUUUCACAUACGAAUCAAUGCUGACAGGUAGAAAAUAAACUGAGAACCAGUUUUUGAUGAAUGUUUAAUCUCUGAUGGUUUGGUUUUCUUGAGUCAAACUCCAAAUUCAGGUAGAACUAUUUAUUUCCAUUUCAAAAAUAUUUUGGUUUCUUUAAGAAAAUAACAGUUUCAGAAUAUCACUAGUUAUUUAUUUGAGUGAGGACUGUUCAGUUCUAGAUACCAUCAGCUUGUUCUAAGUUAUUAAGUAUUUAAAAUAUCAAGGUGAAACUUUAUUUAUCAUAUUUACAUUGUAAAAAAUAUUUUGUUAUCUUACAUUCCCCUAUAUGGCAUAAUGUAAAUAUAAACACACAUCUGUAUAAAUGCAAUCAUUUUGUUAGACAUAUUGUUUAGGUCAAACUAGAAAUGUACAAAAAUCACAUUCGGAGAAAGUGAUUAUCUUUUCUAUUCAUUUGAAAAGUUAGGAUUAAUGGUAGGCAUUCAAACAAUUUUUACCUUAUUUUCUCUUUUUUUCUUACCUCAAGGAAAGUAAACACAAUUGAGGAACUUUUUUGUAACAUUUUGAGCCAAUUUUUUAUAGGAAUAACUUACUUUCAGCUUGAAGUGAAACCUUGAGGUCAACAUAUCGAGUUAAAGGAUCAAUGUCAGUAUCUAGGCAACUAUGCUCCCACCUUCCCUAACUAAACCAACAAAAUUCAACCAAUAUGAAUUUAGGACAAAUUAUGGAUUUGGGGAGGGGUAGAUGUGCAUUAACUCGGAUAUGAACUCUAAUCCAUGUAUGUUUCAAGACAGGGAAUAUUAGAGAAGUAAGGCCAAAUUUUUUAAUUGACAUUGCUCCUAAACAAAUAUUAGUGUCAAGUAUAAAUACUUAACACUCCUAAAAACCUCUCUAGAUGUAGUUAUAUUAAUUAAAAAUACUGAAAAGAUUCAGUCUAUGGUUUGUUUGCCAUUGCCAUGCUUUCAUGCACCAGG